UUCGCAAAUCUAAGAUGGGCAAAUCAUCGACCAGAAGGUCAUCAACACCGUUACAAGAUGAAAGCGAUGUAACCAUGAAUGCACUAAUGGAACUGGAAGAUACUACCGAAGAGAGACCAGCCAGCGUUCAGCAAGCCACCCAAGAGGGGAAACCGGUCGUCUCCAGGAAGAGGAAAUUGGAGACAGAGGAAAGCUCACAGCUAGCGAAGAAGGUAUCAAGCCUAGAGGAGCGAAUCACCCGACUCCGCUCUAAGCUUGUUCAGGUCUGUGAGCAACAAUCCACAGACAUGAAAGCACCUCCAGAGUAUUCGGUUAUAAUCUUGAGCUGACGAAGGCAAUUCAACAUGACAUUGAAACCUUG